UGCACUGCAUGCUCCGUCUGAAAGAGAAAACUUCAGGAUGUCAUGUUACAGUUAAGGAUUUAUUUUGACUUUAUUUCCAGAGCAAGUUUUCUAAACAACGCGGAAAGUUAAUUUCACUGUACCUCUGUGUAGUGUUGGUUUUAAUAAUGAUCAACGACACACUUGCCUUUGGAGAUUUGGACACGAAUGUUUCUGCGCCUUUGCCUCCUCUCGCUCUCAGCCACAACCAAAGUGCUUUCCCUGCGCUCCGGCUGGAGUCCAAGUCUCUGGUCACUUCAGCCACCAUGUUCGCCGUGGGAGUCCUGGGAAACCUCAUCGCCAUAGUCGUGCUGUGCAUCUCCAAAAAGGAGCAGAAAGAGACCACUUUCUACACUCUGGUGUGCGGGAUGGCCAUCACGGACCUGCUGGGAACAUGCUUCACCAGCCCCGUGGUGAUCGCCACAUAUGUGGCCAACCGCUGGCCGGGAGGAGUGCUACUGUGCCACUUUUUCUCCUUCUCCAUGCUCUUCUUCGGCUCUGCCGGGAUGUCCAUCCUGUGCGCCAUGGCUGUGGAGCGAUACUUGGCCAUAAACCAUGCGUAUUUCUACUCCCAGCACAUAGACCGGACCAUGGCGCGCUUUGCACUCCUGGCCGCCUACCUGGCUAACAUUGUGCUGUGCAUUAUGCCCAGCUUUGGCUUCGGGCAGCACGUCAGGCACUUUCCCGGGACUUGGUGCUUUCUGGACUGGAGGGCGACGGACUCACUCGGAGCAUGCUACUCCUUUCUGUACGGCGGAGUGAUGGUGGUGCUGAUCGCAGUGACACUUUUGUGUAAUUUGGCCGUGUGCAAAUCGCUGGUGGGGAUGAACCAGAGGACCUCUUGUGAGCAGAGGGGGUCACGUCGCCGCUUCCCCCGGCUGCCCUCGGUCACCUCGGCCGCGGAGAUCCAGAUGUUCUGGCUGAUGAUCUUCAUGACCAUCGUGUUCCUGGUCUGCUCCAUCCCUUUAGUGGUGCGGAUCUUCGUGAACCAGCUUUACGACCCUGCCUACAUCUCUGCUGGGGGGAGGCCUGACUACCGGAGCGACCUGCUGGCCAUCCGCUUCGCCUCAUUCAACCCCAUAUUAGACCCCUGGGUGUAUAUUUUGUGCCGGAAGAACCUGCUGCUGAAGGGCUGCGAGAAGCUAAAGAGGACAGUGUCGCACACUAAAGACAUUCGUGGGGACAACAUCGGCUGGGUGGGAGGUCAACACUCCCCUCCGUCUCUAAACAGCGAUGAUACCAGUUACGCGUCAUUACGCACAGCCAGCUUCAGGAACGAUGUGGAAGCACGUGUGUCCAUCAAUCAUAAAUCUUUCACAGACUUCGCCAUGAGACAAGCAUGGGAGUACGACACCGCCCGGGUCAACUUUCACCCGUUCAGCGUGGAGAGCACGGCGAUCCUUGGGUGUGAUGAGGAAGAAGCAACCGGCUCCAAACAGGAAGUGGAGGUCAAGGAGUCUUCACGAGGCAGCGCGACUCCGCCCCUUUCUGCGCACGUGAGAAAGGUGGACAUUGUCACCUGCACGUUUAGCACACCGAGUUCAUGCCAGUCAGCGAAAUGCCUUUGAUGAACACUUGGUAAUUCAACUGCCAAGUGCCAACACCAGUGUAAUGUUCCUAUGUGGGUAGGUGCUUCAUGUGCAUAGCAAACUGGUUCAUUUGAAUUAAACUGUGAGAAAAAUGAUGCUGCCAGUGGAAAAAUCCAGACAAUGAGAUCACUUCAGGAUCUGAAAAAAGUACAAUAGUUGAUGUGCAUUUACAUCUUCUUCAUAUCAACUAAAACAUGUCUUCAGUCAGAAAAGGUCCAGAAAAACACACUGCCUUGUGUCCACAGUGAAACUGGAGAAUAUUUCAGGGGCAAGGUGUCACAGAUGGGAUGGCAUUUUUGGGCUUACUAUGGUCUAUGGGUGCUUACUAUUUUAACUUAACCUAUAGCUAAACUUUUAGCUGAAAAUGAUUCACAGUUUUACAAAUUCUGCUAAAAGUACACUGCCAAUUGUUGCAAUUUCCAAAUAUGGAAAUGUAAACAAUCUAUAAUUAUACCCUAUGGGUAAAAAUGUUCUUACACUCUGAGAGUUUUACACACUAUUAAUCAAUAUGUGCCAUUUGCAAUACAUGUUUAUUCAUUAUGUAUUGUUGUUACACUUGAUUUGACUUUUUUGUAUCGAAAUGCUGCUAAUUUACUCUACCUGUGUUGCAUGAUGAAGAGAAAAUUGAAUGUAGACAUUUUCAAUCUUGUUUUAUAUUGCACAUAAUGUUUUGAUAUCUGCAAAUGUUAACAUGUCACCUUUUAAAAACAAAUAUUGUUGCUGUGAGCUGUAUGACCUGUGGUGUUUGCUGGAUGUGUUGGUGGGUCUG